GGGUUUGAUCUCUCGCGCUAAGACAGGGAACCGAAGCGGGUGGAGACCAGCCAGCCUACAUUGUAAUAGCUAUUUAAAGGGCCAGGGUGAGGGAUGGCGGAUUUACACAAUUGUUUGGAGGUCAAGGCCUCCCGUCAGACUCGAGGUCAGAUUUCCCGCCCUGAACACGUGACCCAGUCAGCUCUUAGCCCUUCUAUUCGCGUUUGACGCGCUUGGCCAAUGGGAACCCGGGAUACAUCUGGUGGGCGUGGCCGCUGCCGUAAAGGGCACAACAGUUUUGUGCGGCGCCUCUGAGCCUGAGGGUCCCCAGCCGCUGGAUAGUGGGAACAGGCAUUCACGGCGUACGUGGCUUGCGUGAGUAUGCGUCGGGGCGGCGCGUGAGCGAAGACACUGGGCUGUAUGGCAAGUCCACGUGCGUCCCUCCCCGCGACCCCAGCGGCGUAGCUCCACGUCCCAAGACGCCCUGGAAUCUGCGGCCUUCUCUGAAUGGCCAGCCCGACACUCUGAUCCUGCAGUGACCUCAAGUUCAGCCAGCAGCCCCACAUCGCCAUGGUGACUGUGGGUAACUACUGCGAGGCCGAAGGGCCGGUGGGUCCGGCUUGGACUCAGAAUGGCUUGAGUCCUUGCUUCUUUUUUACGCUGGUACCCUCGACACUCGCGAUUCUGGGGGUACUGGCCUUGGUGCUGGUUGUUCCCUGCAGGCGUCGGGAGGUGCCUGCUGGCACAGAGGAACUAUCUUGGGCAGCUGGCCCUCGGGUGUCUCCCUAUUCUCUGCAGCUGUUUCUGGCCACACUUCAGAUGGCACUGCCCCUGGCCGGUCUGGCUGGCCGAGUAGGUACUGCUCAGGGGGUCCGCCUGCCAGGCUACCUACUGUUGUCUUCCAUGCUGGAGAGUCUGGCCAGCGCCUGUGGCUUGUGGCUGCUCGUGGUGGAACGGAGCCAGGCACGGCAGAGUCUGGCAAUGGGCGUCUGGAUGAAGUUCAGGCAUAGCUUGGGGCUCCUGCUCCUCUGGACCAUGGCCUUUGCAGCUGAGAACUUGGCCCUGGUAUCUUGGAACAGCCCACAGUGGUGGUGGGCCAGAGCAGAUCUGGGCCAGCAGGUUCAGUUUGGCCUGUGGGUCCUGCGAUAUGUGACCUCCGGAGGGCUAUUUAUCCUGGGACUCUGGGCCCCUGGACUUCGCCCCCAGUCUUACACCUUACGUGUUCAUGAAGAAGACCAAGAUGUAGAAAGGAACCAGAGCCGCUCAACAGACCGACAAUCUACCUGGAGAGACCUUGGCAGAAAGCUCCGCCUACUGAGUAGCUACCUGUGGCCUCGGGGGAGUCCGGGACUGCAACUGACUGUGCUCAUCUGCCUGGGGCUCAUGGGGAUAGACCGAGCACUCAACGUGUUGGUCCCCAUCUUCUAUAGGGACAUUGUGAACUUACUGACUGAGAAGGCUCCUUGGAGCUCCCUGGCCUGGACUGUUACCACCUAUGUCUUCCUCAAGUUCCUCCAGGGGGGUGGCACUGGCAGUACAGGUUUUGUGAGCAACCUGCGAACCUUCCUGUGGAUCCGGGUGCAGCAGUUCACGUCCCGUGGCGUGGAGCUGCGCCUCUUCUCCCAUCUGCAUGAACUCUCACUGCGCUGGCACCUGGGCCGGCGUACAGGGGAGGUGCUGAGGAUUGUGGACCGGGGAACAUCCAGCGUCACAGGAUUGCUCAGCUACCUGGUGUUCAACAUCAUCCCCACCCUGGCCGACAUCAUCAUCGGCAUCGUCUACUUCAGCAUGUUCUUCAAUGCCUGGUUUGGCCUCAUUGUGUUCCUGUGUAUGAGUCUUUACCUCAUACUAACUAUUGUGGUCACUGAGUGGAGAGCCAAGUUUCGCCGUAGUAUGAACACACAGGAAAAUGCCACCCGGGCACGAGCAGUGGAUUCUCUGCUAAACUUUGAGACGGUAAAAUACUACAACGCUGAAGGCUAUGAAGUAGAACGCUAUCGAGAGGCUAUCAUCAAAUUUCAGAGUUUGGAGUGGAAGUCAACUGCCUCACUGGUUGUACUGAAUCAGACCCAGAACUUGGUGAUUGGGCUUGGGCUCCUUGCUGGCUCCUUGCUUUGUGCAUACUUCGUCAGUGAGCAGAAGCUGCAGGUUGGGGACUUUGUGCUUUUUGGCACUUAUAUCACUCAACUGUACAUGCCUCUCAACUGGUUUGGCACCUACUACAGGAUGAUCCAGACUAACUUCAUUGACAUGGAGAACAUGUUUGAUUUGCUGAAAGAGGAAACAGAAGUGAGGGAUGUUCCUGGAGCAGGGCCCCUUCGUUUUCAUAAGGGCCGGAUUGAGUUUGAAAAUGUACACUUCAGCUAUGCUGAUGGGCGGGAGACCUUACAAGAUGUGUCCUUCACAGUGAUGCCGGGACAGACAGUGGCUCUGGUAGGCCCAUCUGGGGCGGGAAAGAGCACCAUUUUGCGCCUGCUGUUUCGCUUCUAUGACAUCAGCUCUGGCUGCAUCCGAAUAGAUGGGCAGGACAUUUCACAGGUGACCCAGAUCUCUCUCCGGUCUCACAUUGGAGUUGUACCCCAGGACACUGUCCUCUUCAACGACACCAUUGCCAACAAUAUCCGCUACGGUCGUGUCACAGCUGGGGACAAUGAGGUAGAGGCUGCUGCCCAGGCUGCAGGCAUUCACGAUGCCAUCUUGUCUUUCCCUGAAGGGUAUGAGACACAGGUGGGCGAGCGAGGACUGAAGCUGAGCGGUGGCGAGAAGCAGCGAGUGGCCAUCGCCCGCACCAUUCUCAAGGCCCCAGACAUCAUUCUGUUGGAUGAGGCAACAUCAGCACUGGACACAUCUAAUGAGAGAGCCAUCCAGGCCUCUCUGGCCAAAAUCUGCACCAACCGCACCACCAUCGUAGUAGCACACAGGCUCUCAACUGUGGUCAAUGCUGACCAGAUCCUCGUCAUCAAGGACGGUGGCAUCAUAGAGAGAGGAAGGCAUGAAGCUCUAUUAUCCCGAGGUGGUGUGUAUGCUGAGAUGUGGCAGCUGCAGCAGCAAGGACAAGAAACUGUCUCUGAAGACUCUGAACCUCAGGACACAGCAUAAUGACACAAGCGACCUCCUCCCUUCCAAAGGCUAACUCAGGAGAAAGAUGUGUGUCCUCUCUAUGGCCUGUUUCAUCCUGGUGUAGGAGUUUGGUGCUAGGUAUUGUAAGGGAAAGGAACCUUCCAGAAAGCACUGCAAGGAAAUAAAUGGACUGAGCAAGGAUGGCUGUGGCUUGGUUGUGUGAGGUACAAGGGGCCUCUAUCCUUGAG